GGCCGGAAGCGGCCGCUGCUCCGCGCGCCAUUUUCAAAGGAUUUGCAGCGCUGGGACAUCGCGGCCGCUCCGCGGCGGCCCCGCCUGCCGGCGCCUGCUUCUGGCGGUAAGUGUGGGGGAAGAGUGGCGUAGACCUGUUGGCAAUGCGACCGACCGCCCCUCUGUAGGUGCAGAUCGGGAUUGCUGGCAGGUCUGCGAAGCUUCCAGUUUAGGGAGACGGGUGACGAGCAGGCUCGUAAUCGAAGGAGUUUUCUUGUGCUGUAGUGGGAACAUACGGGGUGCGGUGACAGCCUUCCAGGGAGGACGUGGAGUCUUCCUCUCUGGAGACAUUCUAAACCCACCUGGACGCGUUUCUGUCACCUGCUCCGGGUGACCCUGCCUGGCUGGAUGAUCUCCGGAGCUGCCUUCCAACUCUAAACAUUCUGGCAUUCCAUUACGCUUUAGCGGAAAAAUCUGUUUCUUCUGAGCAAGUGUUGUCUUUCCAUUGGCAAAGUGCUGAGACUUCCCAGCAAGCGUGUUGUAUGAGUGUCUUAGUCAGAAGUGAACUCCCAGCAAAUCCACUUGGAAGCAGACUUUCCAAAGCAAGUGCUGGCUCUUUGGGUGUAUGUUCCACAUGAUGUUGCAGCAGCUGCUUGUCACGGCACAGCCCUAAAGCACUGCAGUAGUCAAACAUCAGGUCCACUGUGUGCCUUUGGUACCUGGGCGAACAGUAAUGACGUAAAAGGAGCCAAAGAUGAUGUAAAAGGAACAAAAAGGAAAAAAAAAAUUAACGUGUAGUUCUGUUGAAUGAAAAAUACAUUUUGGUAUUUCCCAAAACUGAGACUGAAAUUGCAGUUCACGAUUGUCUUUGAUAUUAGUGUUACAGACUCAAUUAAAAAAAAAAUGUUUCAUAGCAUAUUCACUUGUCCAUAGUAAUUUCCUUGUGUUCAGCUGUUAGCAAUGUAGUUUUGUUGUCCACAUGGCUCAAUGACUGCAUUAUUUCUUCCAUGGCCAAGAUCCACCUUUGCUCUGCUUUUUUAUUAUUGCAUUUUCUUAUUGAUAACACAAAUAUUGCAUCUGCAACAGUUCUGAACCUGUACUCACCAUCAGUUUUGCUGCAUUGUUCUCCGAAUGGAAGGAGAACUUCAAUCUGCAAUCUAAUGCCUACAAACAUUGCUUCUUUCACACAAUUUUAUGCCAGUUGAUUCUCUACUUAAAGCCUAGAGCAACUGGAUAUAAGGUUCCACUAUUAUUCAUCUUUCACAUCAAGGUUCAAUUUUAGACAUUGGUGACUUAAAACAGUAGGGAGCAGUUCUUAGGUGCUACAUAUAUCUAUUACAUGAACAUUUAUAUCUUCAAAAGACUGCUCACAGGCAUCCAAGCAUAUCAUAAAAUGAAGCAUGUGAAUGUUGUCACCUUCACCAAUCUUCAUGAGCAAAAGUGGAACAAAAAAUGAGGCUGUUGGCUCUGAAUACUCUUCAGCAAGCAACUGAGAGAUGUAAUCAUUUAAACAUAUUAAUAAAUCCUGUUUAGCAAAUGGCUGAUUUAAAGUGCUAGAGAUGUAAUUUCUUAAAUAUUUCCUGUUUAAGAAAUGGCUGAAUUAAAGUACUGUUCAAUUUUCUCUUUUCUAUUUUUCAUCGAAAAUGGAAAUUUUAUUUUCUUCACAGCAGCACUAAAUUGCAAGAAAUAUUUAGAUGAUUAAUUAUGUGAAGUAUUUAUGCAGCUAAUGUAGCCUGUCUCAUGGGAAAUACUAAAGCUGUUAAGAGUACUUUCCAGUACUUUGCAAACUUACAGACAUCUAGUAAGUGUGACAUACCUUUCAUCAGGACUCAGUUGUGAUUCACAAGGCUAUUAAGCUUCUUUAAAGAAAAGCGUAUUCUGGAUUGAAUUGACUGGGUGCAAAUAAUGUAGAAAACUUGGAUUUACAAAAAAGCUUUUUGAGAAGGUUGUUUACCAAAUGCUUUUAAGAAAGCAGGUCUCUGUCAGAAAUGGAGAAAAGAAGCUGGUAGUUAGAAGAGAGUAGAAAGUACUACAUUACAGUGAAUGUGGAGAAGAUUGUCUGCUGUUUAAGACUGAUCUAAAAUAAUGGCUUAAACAGCAAGGGACAAAAUUUGCUUAUUUUAUAGACACGUUAAAUGCAAUUUCAUGGAUUGCAGAAGAGUUUCAGUGGACUGAGUAAUAAAGUGGGAAUUAAAGAAUAGUGUUAAUAAAGGCAAAGUGAUACAUGUUGUGGUCUCCAGAAUGGCAGUAACUGCUCAGAAAGAUGUGUCACUGUGAAUGCAUUUAAUCUAUGUUUUAGAGUAAACAAAGACCAAGUGCCCUGGUUUCACCUGGGAUAAAGUUAGUUUCCUUCCUAGUAGCUGGUGCAAUGUUGUGUUUUGGAUUCAGCAUGAGAAUAAUGUUGAUAACACUCUGAUGUUGUGGUUGUUGCUAAGUAGUGCUCGCUCUCAGCAGAGGAUUUCUCAGUGCCAGUGAGGAGCUGCACGGAAAGCCCUGAGGGAACAUAGCCAGGACAGAUGAUCUGAGCUGGCCAAAGGGGUAUUCCACACCUUAAAAAAUAAAUUGGGGAAUUACCCAGAGCAGGGCUGAUUGUGGUUCGGGGACCUGCUGGGCAUCAGUCAGCAAGUGUUACUUCCUGUACAAGCUGUGACACGGAUUUGUUCAUGAUAUUUCUUCUGUAAAACUUUCUCAAUUCAAUUAGUAAAAAAUCUUUGUGCUUUCUAAAACACAAGCUUUUAAACAAAUCUGAUGAAUUAUUUUGAGGUAAUUUAAUCUUUUUAACUGAUACAAGUCUUCUUAAGGAGAAGAUGGGCUCAGGAGUCGCCAGUUUUCUUCUGUAGUAAUAUAAAAUGUAUUCCUGAGACUCAAUCUAACACAAUCACACUUUUCCUGAAUUCAACACAGACUCUUCAACUUUAAUGUAGAAAUACCAAGAACUUGUUACUUUAGUCUUUGUCUGUCAGAGGAGUAUGAAGAGCAUUUCCUACACAUCAGGACCUUGACUUCCACUGAGUGCACUGGUGGAACCGAGGUGCACUGCCGCCUCCUUCAGUCACCCCAGCACAGUAUGUGAGAGAUUGUUGGCAAUGCCAUUGCUUAGUUAAUGUCCCAACAACCCGAACCUCUUCAAGCAAGUAUUUUUGCUAGUACCCAGAGCAGAUGCCGUGCUAGUAAGACUGGUGAUUCUCAUCUACAGAGCAGUACCCGGCAACCACAGGUGUCCUGUUUUCCUUGACUGUGACAAAAGCAGCUUUGGAGGUGUGUUUACAAUGAGUACAAAUGCAGAGCGAAGGUUUGUUAAUCUCAGGAAACGUCUGAAUCAGCUGGGCUAUCGGCACCCACUGGGAGUGGACAGUUUACCUUUGGUGGAAAAGCUUUUCAGUGAUUUAGUUCAUACAACUGAGAGCUUGCGCAAAGCAAAAUUUUCUUCUGGAAAAACUGAGAAAGAGUGCAGCAAUUAUGAUACUAUUUUGGAACCUUAUAAAACAGAGAAUGCUAGACUUACCAGAGAAAAUAAUGAUCUACAUUUAGAAAUAUUAAAACUGAAAGAGAAGUCUGAUCGCCAUGUUAAAGAUUUGAAAGCUUCCUUAAGGAGGGUUGAACACGAAACAACUGACUUGAAGUUUUUGAAUAACCAGUAUAUACAUAAAAUUAAAUCACUGGAAAAAGAGACCAAAGCCAAGACUGAAAAAAUUCAGCAGCUUCAGGAGAAGAAUCUGCAAGCAGUGGUGCAAACACCAGGUGGCAGGAGGAAAAGCAUUCCCUUCAGGCGGCAGCGCAUGCAGAUAGACCAGCUUGUGCCCCCCUCAGGUGUCAGUGCCUACCCAGUGCCUCAGCCAGAGGACCCUUACAUCGCAGACCUUCUCCAGGUGGCUGAUAAUCGAAUUCAAGAACUGCAGUCAGAAGUAACAGAGCUACAGGAAAAACUGGAGACAUCUGAAAGUGGAAUGAAAAAUUAUAGCAAACAGGUUGAGAUAAGAGACAAAGAAAUCGAGCGCUUAAUGCUGGCAUUGGAUGGUGGGCGUUCUCAUGAGGUUCUCUCUCUGGAAUCGAGAACUAAAAGUAAUGAGAAGCUUAUUUCCCACUUGAAUAUACAGGUUGAUUAUCUUCAGAAAAAAAACAAAGAACUUGAAAAUCACAUUCAAGAUCUCUUGGACACUAAACAAAAUGUGACUAGCGAGGUAGUGGAUUUAAGCAAUAAAAAUCAAGAACUGUGUCAAGAACUGAAUGAAAUAGAUCACUUGGCACAACAGUUGGAAAGACACAAAGAAAUAGUGCUUGAGACUGCAGAUAAGGAAAUAGGAGAAGCAAAGAAAGAAGUUGAAAGAAAAGUCAGUGAAAUACAGGAUCUACAGGAAACAAUAACAAGGCUUAAAUCAGAGUUGUGCUCAUGUCAUAAGGAGAAUGAGAGACUGAAUGAAGAACUCUUUGGGAAAACAAAUGAAAAAGGGCAUCUUGAGCUGUUGUUAACCCAGCUUCAACAAGAGAAGCAAAGGCUGACAGAAAAAACAGAUAAUUUAGAAAGAAAAGAACGAGAACUUGUCCUAGAAAUUGAAAGAAUGAGAUUGGACUUUGGUAUUGCCCUAGGAGACAAAUCUCCAUCUCGUCUAGAUGCAUUUGUAAAGACCUUAGAAGAUGACAGAGACUACUAUAAGCGAGAAUUAGACUAUCUCCAGAAAAUGAUAAAACUAAGGCCUAGCCCAAACCGCAGGACUGCAGAGAAGAGUGAAGAGCUUAAAUCAAUCACCAGAGAAAGAAAUGAGCUGCGGUCUGUGUUAGACAGAUUUGAAAAGCACAUGAUAGAAAUUCAGUCCAAUGUCAAAUUAUUGACUGCAGAAAGAGAUAGAUUAAAAGUUCUUUAUGAGCAGUCUCAGAGUGAAUUGAACAGGAUGAGAAGAGAAGCAAAACACAGUUUUGUUUCUCAAAGUCACGUAGAAGGACAAAGAGACAUUGCACUGACUGACUUUAGAAUACUAAUGGCAGAAAAAGAAAGUCUUGGAGAAAAAUUAAAGAUGCAUCAAGAAGCAGCAUACCAUGAAAAAUCAAAGCUGCAGCAUGAUAUCUCAGAAUUGGAGAAUAAUAUUCAAGGACUUCAGAUUGAAAAGUGUGAACUAAGGACUACAGUGUCUAUCCUGAAAGAAAGAAUAAACUAUUUGGAAAAUGAAUUAAAUCUGAAGUCAAGUAAACUUGCCCAGACUUCUGAUGAUUCUUCUCAAUUUAAAGCUGAGAUUUGCUCACUUCAGCUCUUAAAUGACCAACACCAGAAGUCUGUUGAAGAUUUACAGCACAGAUUGUCCCUCAAAAAGGAUGAACUGCUGACAGCUCAAGAUGAAAUUAUAAAGCUGAAAGAGAUAAUCGAUAGGUUAAACCAGAGGAGCACUUCACAGGAAGAAGCAGUCAGUGUGCUGAGAAGUACAAUUAGUGUUUUGGACAAAGAAAAGGACAGUCUUCAAGAAACCGUAGAUGAAAAAACAGAAAGAAUUGCAUGCUUAGAUGACAACUUAGCUAACAGGGAAAAAACAAUUGCUCAUUUACGUUUAACUGUCUCUGAGCUGGAGUCCUCAACAGACCAGAUGCAGGACAGGCUGAGCAACAGAGACCGUGAGAUAGCCAGCUUACAUCGCCAGCUGGAUACAUCCCAGCUAGAGCUUGCAGAAAUGGGAAGAGUGAAGGAAAUGGCUCUGAAGGAAAACAGGCGACUGCAAGAUGACCUGGCUACAAUGGCCAGAGAAAACCAGGCUAUCAGUACUGAGCUUGAAGAUGCAAUACGUGAAAGAGAAGAAAUGAAAAACAGGGUUCAUAGUUACAUAACUGAAGUCUCCAGAUUUGAGAACUUGAUAGCUUCAAAGGAAAAAGAAAACCAAGAAUUGUUAGAGAAGUUCCGGAUGCUCCAUACACAAGCUGAAGGCUGGGAAAUGAAGGCCCAUCAAGCUGAAGGAGAAAGCAGCUCCAUACGACUGGAACUCCUUUCAGUAGAUACAGAUCGGAGACAUCUUCGAGAGAGAGUAGAGUUUCUGGAAAAAGAGAUUCAAGGGCAUAUUGUUGCACAUCAAGUAUAUGAAUCUCAGAUCUCCUCCAUAACCAAAAAUAUGUCAAGAUUGGAAGAGGAUCUUAAACGUGAAAAUCAGGAUAAGGCUUCUGUGUUGGCAGACCUCACUUCUGUGAGAGAACUCUGUGUGAAACUUGAGGCUAGCAAAGAACUUUUAGCUCGACAGCUGACGUCCAAAAGCAUGGAUUAUGAAAGGGUUCUAGGAGAAUUAGAAGAUACAAAAUCAGAAGGAGAGUUACUGAAAAAGCAGCUAUCCAGUGAGAGACUUACAGUUCAGAAUCUUGAAACAUUGUUGGCUACUAGUAGAGACAAAGAAUUUCAGAAUCAGUUAACGUCCCAAGACAAAGAUACCGAAAUUCAGUUACUGAAGGACAAGCUGACACUGGCUGAGAGCAAACUAAGCAGCAAUAAUAGAGAGGUUUCCAUGCUUCGAAGUAAAGUUGCACAGAUGCAGACUGAUACUGAUGUUUUAAAAAGGAAACUGACAACUGAGCGAUUUGAACGGGAGCGCGCGAUCCAGGAGAUGCGUCGGCACGGCCUCUCCACGUCCUCGCUGCGCGCCUCGCCUCCGCUCAGCUCCACGCUGAGGUCGCCCUCGCGUUCUCCGGAGCGCAGCGCUGCGAGAGCAGCUGAUCAGGCAGCAGCUGAAAAGUUUCUUGAGAACUGAGCUCAGCCUGGCAUGAACCCACAUUGUCAGCAAUUUUUCUCUUCUGCGAAUUUUUGGGCAAAGCAAAAAGUGGAAACUGUAGCAAAUGAGAUACUGACAGUGGGAAUGAAACAGCAGAUAUGCCUUUUGCUUUACUGGUGAGCCCCUAGGCAUACCCUGUUAUGUUGCAAAAUGACAUUUUGACUGAGGUGAUGACAGAUUAUAUAUUUCUGAGAAUGAGUAUCAUCACUAGAGUAAUGUCUUUAGUCUUCCUUGCUUUACAGUGAGUCCUGAGAGCAAUAAAAAGUCCAGUUGCUAUGCUCAGAGGAUUCCAUGUAGUGCACUAUUUUUAUCUAAUAUUUCUAACCCAUAGUUUUAACAAUGUCAGCUCUGUACCAUAUCUUACCAGAAAAUACCCCAUUUUCAUGGUGUGUAUUUUUAAAGAACGUGGUUUUUAACAACUGAAUUCACAUGCAGUUGUUAUGCAUAUCUUGCCUUUUAAAUGUAUCAAUUACAGUAGAGUGAUCUCAGCAGUGCUGUUACCAUCUUUCAUCCUUCUUGUUUAUUCCUUCUUGGGAGCUUACCAGAGUAAAGUGUACUCUGUAAUUACUGUUCUGUAGUGUCACAGCUGUCUCUCUCUGACCUGAUUUCAUCUCCUCAAGAAAUUUUUUCUUCCUCCUCAUCUCACUAUUACUUUUGUAAAUCAUUUUAGUAAUGGGGCAGUGGUGUAGAGUAUUAAGUAAUAUGCUAAUAGUUGAUAUUUGGGAAUAACAGAAGACCAUCUGAGGAGACUAAAGCUAAUUACUACUUUUUAUUCUAAUAUUAAUUAGUGAAAUAUAAUAGUUGCCUUUAUUUUGACAUCUUUUCUUUCUCCACAGAAAUGUGACCACCAAGGAAUAACCAGUACUUGAGUAGCUGAAGUAUUACCUUGUUAGAAGGAUGGGGUUUUUUAUAAAUUAUGAAUACUUGUAUUUUACCUCUGUUUUCUUCAAAUCACUGAUUACCUUUGAAACCUCUGAGAACGGGUGAAGUGAUCAACUUUGCAAAAUUCUGCUUCCCAACUGGCAGGAGUGACUGACUUUUUCUGGCUGUUUGACAGGUUUUGUAUCAAGCCUGGCUAAGCUUUGUUACUUUUUUUGAAACAUAAUAAUUAAAAGAAGGAAAUGAGUAUUGAUUUGACAAUCUCUUGUUUCCAUUUUUCUAUUGUAUUUGUUUGCUUAUCUCAUAUAAUUGGAGAAGUUUAUUCAUCUUAAUGUGAGCUAACAUAGAAUAACAUCCCCAACUGUGUUAAAAAUGCUGAGCCAGUGUAUGUUUUCUACUCAUGAUGAUUUCCUAUGUUUGGAUUUCUAACAAGUGUUUUCUGUUUUCAGGUUAUUCUUUAUGGUAUUUAAAAGUAUUGAUUACCUAUUUGUGAAUGCAUUUUGUUUACUGUACCUUUUCUUAAUAAAAAAUAUGUAUCAGUUAUUCUUUAUUACUGUUUCUAUGAAUCUCCCUUUGUUUAACCUUU